UUUUGGCGCCGAAUAUUUCUCUCUAUUUUGUUACUCUGCAGCGCGGGAGUCUGUGUUUUGUGUGUGUUGAUGUUGGACCCUGUCUGUGCUUUAAUUAAGCCAUACGUCUACAUUUAGUUUGUUUUUCUGGUGAAGGAAUAGUUUGUGCACAACAUGCAGAGGAGCAUCGCAUCCUUCUUCCAGCCCAAGGGCAAAGAUGUCCAGAAGAAAACCUCCGAUGAACCGGUGAAAAAACCCGUCAAAAGUCCUCUGAAGGUGCAGAACGGCGUCCAGGAAGCGGAUUCACCCGUCAAGAAAGUUGUGAAACGCAGCCGUCAGAUCCUGGACAGCGACGAUGACGAGGCGCCGGUUGUAAAGGAGCAAGUUGCUACCAACGGAGACAAAGAAGCUACGGCUAAACCAGAGAAGAAGGAUGACGUCUUCAAGGCCGUUCCCACCCCCAUGUCUCCUCCACCUGCCCCGGCCACGUCUAUGACCCCAGCCACCCCGGCCACUUCGGCUUCACCCAGGACCCCCAGCACCCCGAACUCCAUCUCCCCCUCUGGGGUCGUUAAACGUAAAACCGCGAGGAAGAUGUUCCCCAAGAGGAAGCUCGAUGAGAGCAGCGAGAGCCAGAAAGACGAGUCCGAGGCCAAGGAGGAGCCGGGUCAGAAAAACAAACGACCCCGUGUGGAGAGCCCAGGGAACCCUGACGAACCCAUGGAGGAGGAAGCAAAGGAAGAACGAGUUGAAAAGGUAGUGACCGAGGUGACGAGCCCAGAUGAGGAGGAGGAGGUGGAGAAGAAGAAGGAGCCGAAGAAAGAGGAAGUAGAGAAGGCCAAGGAGGAGGAAAAGAGCUCUGAUGAGAAAGAAAAGAAAGCUGAGGGGGCGGAAAAUGAAACUGAAGCGAAGGAGAAGAAGGAUGAUGAGAAAGCUGCCACGAAGAAGAAGAAGGAGAAGGUGGAUGAAAAGGAAACAAGAGAGGCAGGAAAGAGCCCAGAAAGUCAAACACCGAGAAAGCAGAAAGAAGCAAAAGAGCAGAAAGAUAAGGAGCCGCCCAAAAAGUCCCCCAUCAGCAGUUUCUUUGCUCCAAGAAAAGCCGCAGUGAAGACGGAGAAAUCGGAGAAGAGCGAAGAAGAGAGAAAGACGAGUCCAGAGAGGAAGGUGUCGGCGGAGGAGAGCAAAGACGUGAAGGGGGAGUCGACCUCAACCCAAACGGACUACAAUCCCGCCAGACCCAACUACCACCCUGUGGAUCACGCCUGCUGGAAGCAAGGCCAGAAAGUGCCGUACUUGGCGGUGGCUCGCACCUUUGAGAAGAUUGAAGAGGACUCUGGCAGGCUGAGAAACAUCGAGACGCUGUCGAACCUGCUCCGCUCCGUGCUGCUGCUCUCUCCAGACGACCUGUUGUGCUGUGUGUACCUGUGUCUGAACCAGCUGGGUCCCGCCUACCUGGGCUUGGAGCUCGGUGUCGGAGAGACGGUGCUAAUGAAAGCUGUUGCUCAAGCCACUGGGCGACAAUUGGACAAAAUCAAGGCAGAUGCGCAGGAGAAGGGAGAUUUGGGUCUAGUGGCCGAGAGUUCCCGUAGCAACCAGCGCAUAAUGUUCCAGCCGGCCAGUCUGACGGCAGGGGGCGUGUUCAGGAAAUUGAAGGAAAUCGGCAGCAUGAGUGGGAACUCGGCCAUGAAUAAGAAAAUCGACAUCAUCAAAGGCCUCUUUGUGGCAUGCCGCUUCUCCGAGGCCCGCUACAUCGUCAGGUCCCUGGCCGGGAAGCUGAGGAUCGGCCUGGCUGAGCAGAGCGUCCUAUCAGCACUGAGCCAGGCUGUGUGCCUCACCCCCCCUGGACAAGGUUUCCCUCCCACUGUGAUCGACGCGGGGAGGGGGAUGAGCACCGAGAGCCGGCGGGCCUGGAUCGAAGCGAAGAGUCUAAUUCUCAAACAGACUUACUGCGAGAUGCCCAAUUACGACGUCCUGAUCCCCGUCCUGCUCAAAGAAGGCAUCGAUGAGCUGCCCAAUCACUGCAAGCUCACUCCAGGUGUACCGCUGAGACCUAUGUUGGCCCACCCCACCAAGGGUGUUGGCGAGGUGAUGAAGAGGUUUGACGAGGCGGCGUUUACCUGCGAGUACAAAUACGACGGAGAGCGCGCUCAGAUUCACAUUCUGGAGAACGGCGAGGUGAGAGUGUUCAGCCGCAACCAGGAAGACAACACCACCAAAUACCCAGAUAUCAUCGCUCGCAUCCCCAAGAUGAAGAAGGAUUCUGUGGUGUCCUGCGUCCUGGACUCGGAGGCGGUGGCCUGGGAUCGGGAGAAGAAACAGAUCCAGCCCUUCCAGGUCCUCACCACCCGCAAGAGAAAGGACGUGGACGCUUCGGAGAUCAAAGUGCAAGUGUGCGUGUACGCCUUUGACCUCCUCUAUCUCAAUGGAGAGUCCCUGGUGCGGCAGCCGCUGUGUCGGCGUCGGGCUCUGCUGAGGGAAAACUUCACGGAGGUGGAGGGAGAGUUUGUGUUCGCCACAUACAUCGACUCCGACAACACCGACACCAUCGCAGAGUUCCUGGAGCAGUCUGUCCGAGACUCCUGCGAGGGUCUAAUGGUGAAGACGUUGGAGAAGGAUGCCACCUACGAAAUCGCAAAGCGCUCUCACAACUGGCUCAAGCUGAAGAAGGACUACCUGGACGGGGUGGGGGACACGAUGGAUCUGUGUGUGAUCGGCGCCUACCUGGGAAAAGGCAAGAGGGCGGGGGCCUACGGGGGCUUCCUGCUGGCCUGCUACGAUGAGGAGAACGAGGAGUUCCAGUCCGUGUGCAAGAUCGGGACAGGCUUCAAGGAUGAGGAUCUGGAGCAGCAUUACAAUUUCUUAAAGGAGCACAUUCUGCCUAAGCCCCGCCCCUACUACCGUGUGGACCAAUCAGCAGAGCCCGAGGUGUGGCUGGACGCCAUGCAGGUCUGGGAGGUGAAGUGCGCCGACCUGUCGCUGUCGCCCGUCUACAAAGCUGCCAUGGGAAUGGUGGAUCCAGUGAAGGGCAUUUCUCUGAGGUUCCCCCGCUUCCUUCGGAUCCGAGAUGACAAAAAGCCAGAGGACGCCACGACUGGAGCUCAGAUUGCUGAUUUGUACAAGAAGCAGCAGCAGAUUCAGAACCAGGGGGAGAAAGCCGAGCUGGAGGACUACUACUGAUCGUCUGUGCUCAUUAGCGCGGAGUAAUAAAUGAAAAGAAUUCAGAAAUAAUUGUAAAUAGUUUCUUUUUUGUAAUGUCGAAUGGAAUAAAGGCUGUUGCCAGUUUUAA